AUGUCAGGUGCCAAAAAAGGAGUUGCAGUUAAUAUUUCUAGUCGUGAAAGUAGAGCUGUGUAUACACACUGCUAUGGACAUGCACUGAACCUUGCAGUUAGUGAUUCAGUAAAAUGUUCCAAAGUAAUGCGAGAUUCACUUGAUAGUGUAUAUGAAAUGUCGAAGCUAAUUAAGUAUUCACCAAGAAGAGAUACGAAGCUGGAGGAACUUAAAACUGAGAUGAAUCCAGACAAACCCGGUUUCCGUGUAUUGUGCCCGACUAGAUGGACUGUUAGAGCUGCCAGUCUGUGUAGUGUCUUGGACAAUUACAGUGUGCUGCAGUCAUUAUGGGAGAUUUGCUAUGAAUUUGUUACGGACUCGGAAAUCCUUGCACGAAUUGUGGGCGUCCAGUCGCAGAUGUUUAGCUUUGACUUUUUGUUUGGUGUUAUCUUAAGACAUGAAGUACUCCGUCACACUGACAAUCUUAGUAAGGGCAUUACAACAUAA